GGGCUCAGCGUGGUGGAGGGCCGCCGCCACCAUGGGCCGCGAGUUCGGGAAUCUGACGCGGAUGCGUCACGUGAUCUCCUACAGCUUGUCACCCUUUGAGCAGCGCGCCUUCCCGAACUACUUCAGCAAAGGCAUCCCCAACGUGCUGCGCCGCACUCGCGAGCGCAUCCUGCGUGUGGCGCCGCCGUUUGUGGCGUUUUAUCUGAUCUACACCUGGGGGAACCAGGAGUUUGAGUGGUCCAGGAGGAAGAACCCAGCCAUGUACGAAAAUGACAAGUGAGCAGCACGCAUCUAGAUGAGUUUCCUGCCCGAAAGACUCUUCUCUGCGAGAGGAGUCUAUAUUAUGUGUCCUGAAGAUACAAUAAAUUACUUAUGUUAUGGG